UUAACAGUAAAUGAAGUAAACAUUUCUAGUUAUUCUUACUCUAGUUAAACUCCAUCAAUGAGAUAAAUGUAGUAAUAUGGAUCAUAAGGAUAUCCAUAGUAAUUGUAGUAGUAUGGCUCUCCAAAAGCUGCGAUUCCGUAAGUUUAUUGUAAUAUAAAUUAGUUCGUUCUAAUAGACAGCUCAAAACCAAUAAUUGCAGACGUAAAUAAUUGAUAUAUAUGGAAGAUAAUAAAGCAGACAAGGAAAUAGAGCAGAUGUUCAUCAUUUUGAGAGACCCCUGUAAGUAGUGCCAUAAGAGGAUAUUGAAUAAAAGUGGAAGGAGAAAUGCUGUAUCUAUUUAGAAUUAUGAAUGAUAGUAAGACUAGAAAUGCAUGUAUAUGAAUUACAAGUAGAGAUUUAAAGACUGAGAUUGCAAAAUAGUGGUGGCUAGAUUACAUACAUCUAGGAUGACACAAGAGUAAUUUAGAUAUUUAGAGAGUUAGAUUAAUGAGUUAAUGUAGGCAAAUAAGGAGAUAAGGAAUCAAGAAUAAUAGAUGAGAAUACAAAAUAAAUAAUUGUUAGAGGAUUUGGAAUCUUGGAAAUCCAGGUAUAAGUUGCUUUAGGAGUCGAAUUCAAAGAGUUCAGGCUUGGAUGAAGAGAUAAGAUAGUUGAAGAAGAAGAUAAAUGAGUUAACCGAGGAUCUAGCAGGCAGUCAUGAAUAAAUCUAAUCGAGAGAUAAUGAUAUUUUGAAUUUGAAGCAAUUGUUGCAUGAUAAAGACAAUGAGUUGGAUUAAUUGGAUGCUCGUAUCAGAGAAUUGGAAAUGAUGUGUGAGAAUUAUUCCCAAUCUGAAACACAAAUAAUCAGUCUCUAAGGAGAAGUGGAAUUGUGGAAGAAAAAGUUCAAAUAGGUGAAUGAGUAGAACUCAGAUUUGGCAGAGAAGUUGACUAUGGCUGAAACAUAAUUAGAAGCUAUUAAAAAGAGGUAGGUGACUGUCACCAAGGAAACUGAAGUUAGAAAGAGUGGCACUCAUGGAGGAGGAACUACUACAUCGUAUGAAUAGAAUGUAAUAAAGGGUGCUUAAUUAUUGCACCCAAGAGGUUCAUAAUAUUUAAAAUGA